AUAGUUAGUUUAUUAAAAUCUUAUUAUAUAAUUAGAUAGACAAACAUAUUUAUCUAAUGAUUAUAAGAAUCAUCUUAGUAAUAACAUGUGACUACAAAAAAAAAAGUUGUAAUGUUUCUCAAUUAAUAUAUAGGGAAUAUUGAUAUUACUUAAUAAACAUACAUAAUUCUUAAAAUUAACAACAAGUUGAUGAAAUAAUUUUUUUUGUAAAUUUCAUGUUUUCUGGUGUGAUUUCCUAAGCUAACAAGGAGAAGAAUGGAUUGACAUAAACCGUGUGGUACUAGGAUUCUACAAAAAGACAUAUAAAUAAAUUGCUAGCGAUUGGCUUCUUGCAAUCUGGGAUAAACAAAGAGAUAGAGAAAAGCAAUAUCAAUACAAAAGAGCUAAGAGUUUUUGGUUAAAACCUCGUGAUCUCUAUUAUUAGCUAGGUUUGCUCGUGAGAAAAGAUCUUAAACAUGGCUAACAAAGCUGCAACUUGUCAAGAAAUUAAAGAAAAAGUUUGUGAAGACAGGAUUAGUGUUUUACCUGAUGCGUUACUUGUGCAAAUAUUGUUGCUUCUUCCGAUUAAAGAAGCAGUAGCCACAUCGAUUUUGUCAAAACCAUGGAGUUGCAUCUGGACGUUGAUGCCUAAACUCGUUUGCAAGGAUACCAAGCACACAAACAGCAAAAGCUUCUGGUGGUUUUUUGAACAGUCAUUGCAACUUCACAAGUCACCUAUACUAGAACACCUAGAAGUUAAACUCGGUUCAAGAUGUCCAGCUGACGUAGAUGUCGGAAAACUGAUUUUAAAAGCUGUUGAACGCAACAUUCGAUUGCUAGACUUCAACCUAAAGUGGUCAGCAAAGCCUAUAAGCUUGCCUAAGACACUUUAUACUUGUAAAACGCUCAAGAAAUUGAUUCUCUCAAACAAGAUUCUCAUAGAGCUUCCUUUUGAAGCUUUCCUCCCCUCGCUUAUUAAACUGGAGCUUUUCAAUGUGGCGUAUAAAGACGAGGGUUCACUUAUUAGGCUUUUAUCAAGUUGUCCUGUUCUCAAAACUUUGAUUGUGGUCCGAGAGAAGAAUGACAAUGUGAUCAAGUUCAGUGUGAAAGUGCCUUCUUUAAAUAGUUUAGUUUAUAUUAAUAAUAAUGAUGACGAUGGAGUAUGUGGUUGUGGUUGUAGUAGUAGUAGUGGGUCUUUGAUUAUAGAUUCCCCACAGUUGAAGUAUCUUCGCGUCAAUGAUUUUUCUGAAGAUGGUUGCUCGAUAGAGAGUAUGAGUCCUAACCUUACCAUGGCCAGAGUAGACGUUGGUUCUCCCCCUAAUGAAAAUUUCUUGACAUAUCUUUCUUCUGUCAAGUUUCUCCAUAUGACUUGGAUCGAUGAAACGGAAGUAUUCUGUAGUUGCGUCAACUACUCUCAACUGAUAGAGUGUAUGCUACGUCCAUGUCGCGCGGAAUAUUGGGUAGAAUCAGUUAUGCUGUUGCUUGACAACUCUCCUAAUCUUAAAGUUCUUAUGAUCGACACUGUAAGUAUACUCCCUCAAGCAGGUUUUGAUUUUUAUUAUGCGUUUAUUAAAUUUAUACAUAGUACUUUUUUUUUUUUUUUUUUUUUUUUUGUUGUUUCUCAGAAGGGCAUAGGUGAAUCCGAUGAUCUCCGUCGUUGGAGUUAUGUUCCAGAGUGCUUGUCGUCUCAACUCGAGAUUUUGGAAUGGAAAAAAUAUGGAGGGACGAGAGACGAGAAGCAGCUCUUGGAGUAUAUCCUUGCAAGCUCCAAGUGUUUGAAGAGAGCAGGAAUCUCCAUGAGGUAUAGCAAGGACUGCAAUGAUAAAAUGAAAAAGAAGUUGAGGAAAGAGUUAAAAUCCAUGCCUAGGGCUUCAGUAUCUUCUGAGCUUUUGUUUCCUGCUAAAUUUAAAUGGAGAUCAUCAGUGGCACAACAUUGUCUUUUUGACCUGUUUUAGUUUUACAUUGGUUGACUAGACAAGUGCUUGUGAAUUUUAGUUUUGGUUCGUUAUCUUUCCUUUUUUUUAAUUGAUUUUUGCAGUGACAUUUAGUCCGGUUUUCAACAAAAGUCUUUCUCUUCUUCAAUUCAGCUCAAGAAAAUAUUCCAUAUUCUUUUCUUCAAUUUAACUGCACAAUCUCAAAUAUAUACCUUACCACAAAAAGAAAAGAUUUUAUAUCAGUUUGCAAAAAAAUAUAUAUAUAUAUUUUUUUUUAAGUAGAGGCAGAGAGAGUUUAUAUAGAUAGAGAAGAGAGUGUACUACAGAGAUUUAGCUUUUUAAAGAGUGUAGCAGAAACACAAUAGUUGUUCCAUCAUCAUCAUAACAAGAAGAAAGAAGUAAUCACAUUCUGGAAUAA